AUGCAGGAUGAAAGAAAUCAGAGCGCUGGAUUCAUCUUCGUCUUUUUGGGAUUCUCAGAAUUGCCCACCUUACAGGUGCCUCUCUUCCUGGUGUUCUUGACCAUCUACACUGCUUGUGUGCUGGAAAACCUAGGUCUGAUUUUGCUCAUCAGGAUCAAUCCCAAACUGCACACACCCAUGUACUUCUUCCUCAGCCAUCUAUCCUUUAUUGACUUUUGCUACACCACUGUCAUUGCACCAAAGUUGCUAGACCUCUUGAUAUCAGAAGACAGAUCCAUGUCCUUCAAAGGAUGCAUAAUACAAUUUUUCUUUGGCUGUACCUGUGUGGUUACACAGACUUUUAUGUUGGCAGUGAUGGCCUAUGAUAGAUUUGUGGCCAUCUGUAAACCUCUGCUCUACACGGUUGCGAUGUCUCAUAAGCUCUGUGCGAUCUUGGUCGCUGGGAGUUAUGUGUGGGGUGGAAUCUGUUCCUCAACACUCACAUAUUUCCUUCUGGUGCUGUCUUACUGUGGCUCUGGCAUCAUCAAUCACUUUUGCUGUGAGUACUCUGCCAUCCUCUCGGUAGCCUGCUCUGAUUCCUCCCUCAGUCAGCUGGUGUGUUUGCUCAUCUGUACCUUCAACGAGGCCUGCAGCCUUCUGAUUAUCAUUAUUUCCUACACUGUCAUAUUUGUCACUGUCAGCAGGAUUCCGUCUAAGGGAGCCCUCAAGAAAGCUUUGUCUACUUGUGUCUCCCACCUGAUGGCCAUCUGCUUCUGCCAUGGGGUCAUCCUCUUACUCUAUUGUGUGCUCAAGUCUAGAAGCUCAUUGCUUACGGUCAAAGUGGCCACUGUGUUUUAUAGCAUGGUGGUUCCCAUGCUCAACCCGAUCAUCUACAGCCUCAGAAAUAAGGAUGUGAAAGAGAGCAUCGGGAAGCUAAUUCACCUCAAAGUCCUUUCUCGCUCAUUUUAG